AUGUUCCACGGCGUGCUUCAACUCAUGAUGCUCCUCACGCUCAGGCUAGUCUCCGCGUCCUUGUACCCCACUCAGCCUAUCCAGAACACCGUGUACUACUCUGGACAGAAUGAUGGGACGUAUCCGCUGCUUAGCGAUAUGGGGGGGAUUACUAUACAGCUUUAUUGUGAUUCUGACACGUACCUCGCGACACUCGCUACGAACUUGGAUAUACCUAGGAGUGUUGUGUAUGAUGGCUCGAAUUUCACUCUGCGUUACAUCACGAAUACCCCAUACGAUAUGAUCAUCUACAGCGCGGACUUUAGGAUCGUGGUCCAAGGCGACUCUCUUCCAACCGUGACGAAUGCGAAUGCGAGUUCUGUGGCGAAUUCUACUACUACCAGCGAAAAUCUGUUCUUCCAGGCAACCAACACGCCUUCCUCGUCUUCUGGUCCAACGCCAUCUCCAACAAACAUCGCGAUACCGCCCCUCCGUCCAGGCGACGUCGGGAACAUCGAUCAACCCUCUAGAAGCAGCAGCAGCAGCGCGGCAGGCCGGAUCGAUAUUGAGAAGCUCAAGUUUCGCGUAGUGUUUAUUCUUUGGCCUGCCUUGUUAGGCGUUACCAUGGCUCUUUAA